GCAUGCACCGGCUACAUUACCCAGCAGUUCGUUCGCUUUCCAGGAUAUCUUUCUCCCUCCUCAGACAUCAAGUUUGCCGACGUGCCCAACGGUUUGGCAGCAGUGACGAAGGUUCCUGCCGUCGGCUGGUUCCAGUACACCGUCUUCUGCGGCAUUUGCGACCUGUGGCUGUGCCACCAGGUGGCAAGCAACCCUCCAGGAAAGCUGUCCACACGCCUCUUCGGUGAGGAGGCACUGAACUACGAGUACGGCUUCCUCGGCCUUCCGACCUAUCUGGGCGGCAAGGGCUUCAGCGAUCCUGAUGUUCAGAAGAAAAAACUUAAUUCCGAGCUUGCGAAUGGUCGCCUGGCCAUGAUGGCCAUCAUUGGCAUGUUUUUCCAAGAUGGUCUCACCGGCUCAGCCUGGGGCGACUGGGCCAACUACACCGAGUCCCCGCUGCGAGCCUUCGAGAACGAGCUCGGGGUGCAGGCUCCCACCGGCUUUUGGGACCCGGCAGGCUUCACUUCCGAUGGCGACGCAAAGGAGUUCAGGCGCCGCCGCAUUGUAGAGCUGAAGCAUGGCCGAGUCUCGAUGCUCGUGAAUCG